CCACUCCCCUCACUCCCACGCGCACGCAAACCACUGCGCCCGCACCGCCCUCCACGCUCCACGCGCCCCCGCCCCGCACCAUGCGCCGCCUCCGCCUCGCCGACGCGCUCCUCCCCCUCCUCCUCGCCCUCGCGGCCGGUGGCGCCGCCACAACAGCUGCGGCCGCCGCCGCGAAGGCUCCCGCGGCCCCGCCGGCGCCGCCGAACGUGACGGCGGAGAUGGCCAAGGGCGGGUGCAAGGCGUUCGCGGACCUGAUCGCGGCGUCCCCCGACGCGUCGUCCACGUACCAGUCGGCCGUGGAGGGCGGCAUGACGGUGUUCUGCCCCUCGGACGACGCCGUCAGGGCGUUCCUGCCCAAGUACAGGAACCUCACCGCCGACGGGAAGGCCGAGCUGCUGCUGUUCCACGCCGUGCCGGUGCACUACUCGCUGGGGAGCCUCAAGUCCAACAACGGGCCGAUGAACACGCUCGCCACCGACGGCGCCGCCAAGAACUACAACUUCACGCUGCAGAACCAGGGCGACGUCGUCACCAUCAGGACCGGGGCGUCGGCGGGCGCCCCCGCGCGGGUCAAGUCCACGGCGCUCGACAAGGACCCGCUUGCCAUCUACGUCAUCGACCGCGUCGUCCAGCCCGUCGAGCUCUUCAAGCCCGCGCCGGCGCCGACGCCCGCGCCCGCGCCCGCCCCCGCCGCGGACGCGCCGAAAGCGGCCGGUGGCAAGCCCGCGCGCCGCCCGGCACCCGCCGUGGCCGACGCGCCCGGGCCCGCUGAGGAUGACGCCGCUCCGGUGGACCAGAAGAAGGACGCCAAGAAGAGCGCGGCGGCGGCUGGCGCGCCGUGCUUCCGGUGGUGGCUCGCCACCGCAUUAGCGGCGGCGGCCGCGGCCUCCACAUUGGCUUAGCUGUCGACCGAGGGGCUUUCCUUUUUGUUUUCUUUUAUUUUCGGUGUUGGUCUAUUGGCGUGUGGUCGUGGGUGUGAUGGCGUGCUUGCGAGAUUUGUGCUUCUUUCUUGGAAGAAAAUAGUGUAUGUGUGCUUGCAUAUUCGUGCUUCAUUUUAGAAUUUUGUUCUUGUUUUUUGGUACUUGUGCUCCACUAGAGUGUGGCUUAAGUGUUCAUCAGGAGCACUCUUUUUCCUUCUUCUUGUUCUGACUAAUGCAAUCUGGAUGCUUAAUUGCUGGUUUUGA